AUGAAGCUGUGUGUUGAGAUUCACCUGAUAGUCCUGGAAACCCCUCUCAGCCCAAGAACCAUGAGUAAUCAGACACUAGUGACAGAGUUUAUCCUGCAGGGCUUUUCAGAGCACCCAGAAUACCACGUGCUCUUAUUCAGCUGUUUCCUCUCCCUCUACUCUGUGGCCCUCACAGGGAAUAUCUUCAUCAUUUUGGCCAUCACCUUCAACCCUGGGCUCCAUACCCCCAUGUACUUUUUUCUGUUCAACUUGGCUACUAUGGAUAUUAUCUGCACCUCUUCCAUCAUGCCCAAAGCACUGGAGGGUCUGAUGUCAGAGGAGAGCUCCAUCUCUUAUGGGGGCUGCAUGGCCCAGCUCUAUUUCCUCACGUGGUCUGCAUCCUCUGAACUGCUCCUCCUCACGGUCAUGGCCUAUGACCGGUACGCAGCCAUCUGCCACCCUCUGCAUUACAGUACCACAAUGAGCAAGACAUUCUGCAGCAAGCUAGCUACAGGUGUAUGGGUGCUCUGUGCCUUCAACACAGCCAUCCACACUGGGCUGAUGCUACGGUUAAAUUUCUGUGGCUCCAAUGUCAUUACCCAUUUUUUCUGUGAGGUCCCUCCUCUGUUGCUUCUCUCCUGUAGCUCCACUUAUGUGAAUAGCAUCAUGAUUGUCCUGGCUGAUGCCUUUUAUGGCAUAUUGAACUUCCUGAUGAUCAUUGUGUCAUAUGGCUUUAUCAUCUCUAGCAUCCUGAAGAUGCGGACUACAGAGGGGAAGAAAAAAGCCUUUUCCACCUGCUCUUCCCACCUCAUUGUGGUGUGUAUGUAUUAUACUGCUGUCUUCUAUGCCUACAUAAGCCCUGUCUCCAGCUAUAGUGCAGAGAAGAGCAAGUUGGCUGGCAUACUGUAUACUAUGUUGAGCCCUACACUCAAUCCCCUCAUCUAUACUUUGAGAAACAAGGAGGUCAAGGCAGCCCUCAGGAAGCUUUUCUUCUCCAGAAAUUAA